AUUCGGGCCGAAGUUGCUUCGUGGAGGUGAAUAUUUUAUACUCUGAUCCCAAUGAUUGAAAUCGUAAAUAUUAAUCAGUUUCAAGAAGAUUUGUUACUCAUUUUUCUUUCGGUCAAUUCAGCUAAACAUCAUGACGCGACCGUCCAGCAAAAAAUGCAUAUCCGCUUCGUCGGAGAAGAAACCUCUCAAUAACCUGUCCAGUAGCAAACUGCGGCCAAGUACAAGUUUUGCAUCAACGUCUCCUUCGUAUUCUUCUAAAUUGAGUUUCAAGAUCGACGAUGAACUACAGCGAGGGGUUCAUCGGCUGGGUCAGCUUCCAUCAUAUCUCCGCAAGAAAGAUCAUCCAUCCAAAGUGACCAGUAAACUGAAAUCAGCUGAAUCCAACGCAAAACAACCACUUGCUAGGUCCAACACCGAUCCGAACGGAUUUUUGAAGAAAUCCACAAGGCAAGUUGCGGGCGGAGGAGUGAUCAAAGAAAGGUCAGUUCGUUCGAACAAGAUCUUAGAACGGGCAGUUGACAUUAUGAAUUACAAUCAAGUUGAAUCGAGUAUGCAGACGGAGUGUCCAUUUUUCAAGAGCCGUAUUUUCCGGUUCCCAGCUCUCCAAGCGAGCCUGUUGCUAGAGAAAGAUAUCGAGUUGGAUAGGUUGCGCGAUAAAAUUCGGUAUUUUCAGGAGAAGUAUAAUGCAUAUUGUGAGAGGCGCAGGUUGCAGGAGAGCCGUAUCCUAAUCUUACAAACCGAAUUGGCUAGCAAGGAUGAGGUGAUUAAGAAGCUUCAAACGACUUUAAAAACUAAACAUGCACUAUUGGUAUGAACAAAAAAUCCGACAACGUUACAGAACUGUCCCGAAAUAUUUGGCGAAAUAGCAGAAAAGAGGCUGAAAAGCAAAUUACAGCGACAUCAAAUAUGAGAGUCACAAAUAAGUGCAGAUCGAUGUUUUGUUAGUACUUUUGCGUCAAAUAUAU